AUGGAGGACUGGUUGUUGAAGAAUGACAAUGCUACCUCCUUCUUGUACAAGCACGUCGACAGGAGGCUGGGGUAUCAGCCGAGUGACCCUUUGCCGCCAAACGCGGCGCCCAGGACCGCCAGACACGUUCUUACGAUGUGCGACCUAAGCAGGGAGGAGGUCAUGGACAUCUUACGAGUGGCAGCGGCCAUGAAGGAUUCCAGAAGGAACUAUUUGGACACGGGAUACGACAGAUUCUCAGAGACCCUUAAAGGUUACUCUCUUCUGACGCUGUUCGAGAAGCCCUCCUUGCGCACACGGGUGUCGCUCGAGGUUGGCAUGAACCAGCUAGGUGGGCAGGCGAUCUUCUACUCCAUAGCUGACUCACCACUGGGUGUGAAGGAGAGCAUUCAGGACACCGGCAGAGUGCUGUCUCGAAUGUGCCAAGGGAUCACAGCACGAGUCAUGACCCGCAAGGCUCUCCGGAGUUUGGCGCAGGUGGCUGAAAUCCCUGUGAUCAAUGCUCUGGACGAUUAUGCGCACCCGCUGCAGAUGCUUGCGGACCUUUUGACCGUGCUCGAAUACAAGGGUUCCUUCGCAAACUUCACAAUGACUUACAUGGGCGAUUUGGAGAACAACGUGACUUAUGACUUGAUGCGUACUGCGGCGCUGAUGGGGUACAAUCUGAAUUUGGGUGGACAGGGUGACAUUGAGAAGUCCGUCUGGGACGAAGUGAACGCGUUGGCGAAGGUCUCGGGGUCCAAAGUGAAAGUCUGCGCAACAGCCGCCGAGGCAAUGACAGGCGUAGAUUGUGUGUACACAGACAGUUGGAUGAGCUAUGGGAUUGCGAAAGAGGAGGAAGAGGCCCGAAUGAAGCUCUUCAUGCCGUACCAGGUUACAGCAGAUCUUAUGAAACUUGCAAAGCCAGACUGCAUCUUCAUGAACUGCUUGCCAGCGGCUCGAGGCAUGGAGCAAACAGCCGAAGUGAUCGAUGGACCCCAGUCGGUGGUCUUCGACCAGGCGGAGAACCGACUUCAUGCAAUGAAGGCCUUGGCCGUCUUCCUCAUGGCGCCCAAGCGAUUUUCAGAAAUCAUGGGCCUCGGCAGGUCUGCUCCAAGUCAAGCAAAGUGA